AUGUCAGCAGAGCUACUUGCACGACUUGAGGGCAGAAGUUGUCUGAAGAAUCUUGAACCUUCUUUGUUUGCUGAGGAAGGAUCUCCUGUUCAUGGAGAUGUCAUUGAAUUCCACGGUCCAGAAGGAACAGGAAAAACAGAAAUGCUUUAUCACCUCAUAGCCCGCUGCAUCAUUCCAAAAUCAGGAGGAGGACUGGAAGUAGAAGUGAUGUUCAUUGAUACCGACUACCACUUUGAUAUGCUUCGUCUGGUUACGAUUCUGGAGAACAGAUUGGCGCAAAGCACAGAAGAGAUGAUAAAGCAGUGCCUGGGAAGGCUUUUUCUUGUGAACUGCAGCAGCAGCACUCAGUUACUCCUCACUCUCUACUCUUUAGAAAACAUGUUUUGCUCUCACCCCUCCCUCUGCCUUCUGAUGGUAGAUAGCAUAUCAGCUUUUUAUUGGAUAGACAGGAGCAAUGGCGGGGAGAGUCUUAAUUUGCAGGAGAUAAAUCUGAAGAAAUGUGCUAACUUCCUUGAAAAGCUCGUGAGGGAGCAUCACUUGGCCCUCUUUGCAACAACACAGACACUUAUGCAGAAAUCCACAAACUCUGUCGAAAGCUUUUUUCCUUCAAAACUUCAGCAUGAAACCGAUACAGACUACAGACCUUAUCUUUGUAAAUCAUGGCAACAAAUGGUAACCCACAGGAUAUUCUUCUCGAAGCAAUGUAAUUCUGGCAGCGGCACAGGUUUUACAGUCACGUCUUGCCACCUCAAAAGAAGCCAUGCAGUAAAACGUUCGUUUAGUGUUGCAGAAUGUGGAGUUCAGUUUUAACUUCAGGUUGGUUUUUAAAUGUGUAGAAAAUCCUGGUGCUGAAGGCCUGAUUAGGUCUGAGUAGGUUUUAGUACCUUUUAAACUAGCUGGUUGUUGCUGGGUAGUUAAGAAUUUUUGUGACAGUCUUCUUAAAAUUUCGUGAAGG